AUGAAUAAGAAUCUGGCGGAUAGGUUUUUAAGUUGUAUAGACCAUGAGAGGGAACAAGAUGUUGAAUUGACCAGUCAGUUACUCAAGAAGUUACCGAUUACGAAAUUGGUUGAAGCUGGGUAUGCUGUAAACAAGUUAACUUUGGAAAAUGUAAGAACAGGUCUUGCGGGGAAAGUAUACAUUGAAUUAGCUAGUGAAGAUGGUGGAUCUAUUGAUCGUGGUGGUGUUAAAGUUGGAGAUAUUGUUACUGUGGAACAACCAAAGCAUCUAGCCAGCAAAGACCAUCAUAAAAGCUGCUCUGGAGUGGUCUAUAGAAUUAGUUCAAAACAAGUUACUGUUACUAUCGAUGAACAACAAGAAGAAGACGUCACAACUUUAUAUAAUUACCCUAGACUAUGUUUGGUGAAAACUACAAACACUAUUACAUACAAGAGGAUGGAAUCCACUAUGAGAAAACUUGCAGAGAUUGACAAUUUAAGUAAUGCACCACGAUUGGUGCAAUUGUUGACGGAUGAUACCAUUAAGUUGAUGCCUACAACUACCUCAGGGCAACUGGUUAAGUUUAAUAAUGGCAUGUUGAAUGAAUCACAACAGCACGCUGUGCAAUUUGCUUUACAGAAUGAAAUAGCAAUUAUUCAUGGUCCACCAGGUACAGGUAAAACGUAUACUUUAGUGGAAUUGAUCCAACAAUUGGUCAACAAGGGUGAACGUGUUCUAGUAUGUGGACCUUCAAAUAUUUCUGUUGACACCAUUCUCGAAAGGUUAAGUAAAGUGAUUCCAGGUGAUAAGCUGUUACGUAUUGGGCAUCCUGCAAGAUUGCUGGAGUCUAAUUUGAGACACUCCUUAGAUAUUCUAAGUAAAAGUGGUGAUCGUGGGGCAAUUAUUAAGGGCAUACGAUCUGAAAUCGAUAGUACAAUCAAAGGUAUUAAGAAAUUGAAACGAUUUAAAGACCGUAAAACAGCUUGGCAGGAUGUUAAAGAAUUAAGAAAAGAAUUGAGAGCUAGAGAACAAAAGAUUGUGAGUGAAUUAAUUCUGGAGUCGCAAGUAGUUGUCGCAACUUUACAUGGUUCAAGCAGUCGUGAACUGAUUGGUAUGUAUCGUGAUCAUGACCAUCUUUUUGACUCAUUGAUCAUUGAUGAAGUUUCUCAAGCGAUGGAGCCACAAUGUUGGAUUCCAUUAAUCUCUCACUCACAAUCCCAGAUGAAACGACUUGUAUUGGCUGGUGAUAACAAGCAACUACCACCAACUAUUAAGACUGCAGAUAAUAAUAAAAUUUUACACACAUUGGAAACGACUCUCUUCGAUAGGUUAGUCGCCAUGCAAGGCGAGUCUUUUAAAUGUUUAUUAAAUGUGCAAUAUAGAAUGAAUCAAGAUAUAAUGAAGUUUUCUUCGAUGGUAAUGUAUCAGGAUAAGCUGGUCGCAGAUAAAAGUAUUGCAGGUAUAUUGUUACAAGAUUUACCAGGUGUCGAUGAUAAUGAUGAGACUUCAGUUCCUUUAAUAUGGUAUGAUACUCAAGGUGAUGAGUUUCCAGAGAGUCUUGAUGAUGAUGAUAAUGCGAUAAUGCAAUCAAAGUACAAUGAAAAUGAGGCACUACUAGUGAAACAUCAUGUAGAGGCAUUAAUUGAUAGCAAUGUAUCCCAAUCAGAUAUUGGCAUUAUUGCACCAUACAGCGCCCAAGUGAGUCUAUUAAAGUCUUUGGUAAGAGAACAGUAUCCUGGAGUAGAGAUCUCUACAGUUGAUGGUUUCCAAGGUCGUGAGAAAGAAGUGAUAGUAUUAACACUUGUCAGAUCAAAUGACAAAUUCGAAGUAGGGUUCUUAAAGGAGGAAAGACGUCUUAACGUUGCAAUGACAAGACCAAAGAGGCAAUUAUGCGUUAUUGGGAAUAUUGAAGCGUUACAACGAAGUGGUAACAAGUAUCUGAAAAAUUGGGCUUCGUGGAGUGAAGAGAAUAGUGAGAUACGGUAUCCAGAUAUUGAUGAUCUUCUGUAA